AUUCAGUGUAUGUACGUCAAAUUUUUUGUUUCUGGCAUAUUAAUUCCUUUCUAAUCGUUCUAAUCAAUCGAGUGAAAUGAAAAAAUCCUUAUCGUUUUUGAAGAGAAACUAUUCUCUCAUUCCCCUUCUCCUCAUUGUCGGCGGAGGAGUUGCUGCGGCUUCUUGUUUUGGAUUGAGGGUUGCAAUGUAUCAUCCUGAAGUGUAUUGGAAGAAGACCUCAACGAGGAAUUAUGAGAAGAAUCCGUACAAAAAGCUCUGGUGGUACUUUGAUGAGCCAUUAGAAAAUUGGGAAAAGACUUCUGACUCAGCUUGAUGAAAUAUGAUUGGUGGAAGUUCGCCUUUCUGUUACUGUUUUUCUAUGUUCGUUAUCUCUGAAAAUAUAAACGUAGUUCCAGU